GGGGGGGAGGUUAUUUAUAUCUGCAGCAGCCGAUUGCAGAUGUUUCCUCCUGUAAUACCACGGCGGGUGUUUACGCCCCAGCCCUAAUUCAUCUUACAUCUCACAUACCACAUAGCACCGCCUAUUUUUGGUCAAUUCCCCUGUCCCUUUGGGCAGCCCUCUCCUUUUUGCAACAGUCGUCUUCCUCUGGCUCUCGUCUUCUAUAAAACCCUCCUUUCCCGCCCUCUCACACUCACACUCCCAUCCUCAUCCUCCACCCUCCGCGACUUCUCUGCUCCCACACAAACUUAUAAUGCUCGCAAGACUCUCCCUGGUGGCUGCCCUGGUGGCCCUAGCGUCCGCCGCACCCACUGACUCCUCAUCCACCACCACUGCUGCAUCCACAGCCCCAACCGCCGCCCCUCUCCUCCCCCUCCCCGACUUCUCCGGCACCUUCGCCAAUGAGUACCCCACACAGGAUGUCGUCGCCCCGACCGACACCCCGCUGGUGAAGCAAUGGCUCUCCGAACUGAACCUGACGGACGUCGCCUCUCUCCCCCUCGUCCCCUUCACAUCCGGUGGCGAUCCUCAGAACCCUAAAGCGAUCCCAGCCGACGCGUGCGACUGGACAGAGACCAAUUGUAUCAACAAGGACCUGACGGUGUGUCCGCUCGGAGUGUGGGGGUUGACGUACGAUGAUGGCCCGACGACGUUCAGUUCACAGCUCUACGAUUUCCUAGACAAGACCGAGCAGAAGGCCACGUUGUUCUACAUCGGCUCGAACGUGAUCGAGAACUGGCAGUCCGCUAGGAGAGCCUGUGCGGCAGGACACCAUAUCGCCGUCCAUACCUGGUCUCAUAAUCCCUCCACUAGUCUGACGAACGAGCAGUUUGUGGCGGAGAUCAAGUAUACGGAACUGGCGAUCAAGGAGCUCUGCGGUUUCACGCCAAAGUACUUUCGCCCCCCCUACGGCGACAUCGACAACCGCAUCCGCGGCCUGCUCUGGGCCAUGGGCUACACAUCCGUGAUCUGGGACUACGACACCGACGAUUGGGAGCUCCCCCCGGGCGGCGGACCCAUGACCCCCGAGGGUGUCGACCAGGAAUUCAAAACCUGGAUCUCCAAUGCCCACAACGACACCACCGGCCACAUCACCCUCCAACACGAGCUUUACCAGAACACCGUCGACGCCGCCAUCAGGAACCUCCCCCAAGUCCAGGCCACCUGGAAGGCCAUGCCCGUCUCCGCCUGUAUGAACGAUGCUACCCCUUACAGGGAGACCAACAUCACCCUCGCCACCAUGGACGGCACCGCUACCACCAGGGUCAUCACCGACAGCUCUACCACCACCACCAGCAACGACACCCUGCACGGCUCCACUCCUUCAGGAGCCUCCUCCACUGGUACAAACGCAGCUUCUACGGGCGGGAAGGCCGGAAGUUCCAGUGGUUCCAUCACCAUGCCUGCUGGCUUCCUCAAUCCCCUCGCUGUCCUCGCCACCGCUGCAGCCUUCGCUUUCGGUGGCCAGAUGUUGUUUUAAAACAAAAAUAAAUAAAUGAAUAGCAGACAUAACCUUAUAUCCCAACCUAAACCGUAAACGGUUUACAAGUUUUUUAUAUUUUUUGUUGAAAUUACCCGGAAAGAGAGAGGAUUUUCUUCUUUUUUUUACUAUAGACUAUAUAAUGCUAUAAUCUAUAAAAAUUAAGAAAGACGCC